CGCGCGGCGAUCGCGGAGCUGCCUGCUCGGCGCGAGCGGAGGAGUCCCCGGCCGCUGCGCGCCUCCUCUUCCCGCCGGCCGGUCCCCGUGCCAGCCGCUCAUUAAUGGAUGUGGCUCCCCAUCCCAACUCCAGCGGGGACAAAUAACGACCUGCCUGCAGGCCUUCUAAGUCCUCGAUGUCAAAAUGACCGAACGCUUUGACUGCCACUACUGCAAAGAGACUCUGUUUGGCAAGAAGUACAUCCUGAGGGAAGACAGUCCCUACUGCAUCAAGUGCUACGAGAGCCUGUACUCCAAUAACUGUGAGGAAUGUAAAAAGCCCAUUGGCUGUGAUUGCAAGGAUCUGUCCUACAAGGACCGGCACUGGCACGAAACUUGUUUCCACUGCUUCCAGUGCAAGAACUCCCUGGUCGACAAACCUUUUGCCACAAAAGAGGAGCACCUUCUCUGCACUGAAUGCUACUCAAAUGAAUACUCCUCUAAAUGCAGUGAGUGCAAGAAAACCAUCAUGCCAGGUACUCGUAAGAUGGAAUACAAAGGAAAUAGCUGGCACGAGACCUGCUUUAUCUGCCAGAGGUGCCAACAGCCGAUUGGAACAAAGAGUUUCAUCCCCAAAGAAAAUCAAAAUUUCUGUGUUCCCUGCUAUGAGAAGCAAUUCGCCAUGCAGUGUGUUCAGUGCAAGAAGCCAAUCACCACAGGAGGAAUUACUUACCGAGAGCAGCCAUGGCACAAGGAAUGUUUUGUGUGUACCGGAUGUAAGAAACAGCUGGCAGGACAACGCUUUACCUCCCGGGAUGAGUUUGCAUAUUGUCUGAACUGCUUUUGCAGCCUUUAUGCUAAGAAGUGUGCAGGAUGCACUAAUCCCAUAAGUGGACUUGGAGGCACCAAGUAUAUCUCCUUUGAAGAGCGCCAGUGGCACAACGAUUGCUUCAACUGCAAGAAGUGCUCCUUGUCGUUGGUGGGCCGCGGCUUCCUCACCGAACGGGAUGACAUCUUGUGUCCAGAGUGUGGGAAAGACAUUUAAAUUCUGAAAAAGAGCAACACGGUAACAACAGCGUGCUGUUCUUAAAAAUGCAUAUAUUUUCUGAAGUAUGGAAGUGUUUGAGUUUUGACCCGAAGUGGAAAACGUAGUAUCUUGUUUUUCUCAGCAAUAUAUAUUCAUCAGUUAAGUUUCUUUUUUCUUUGCUAGAUUGCAGAAACGCAUUGGAGAAGGGAAAGUGCAGCUGCGGGAUUUUACAUAAACUGUUAGGCAGUACAUUUAAUUUAUGAAAUCAAGAACAGGUAAAACACUGAGUUGGGAGAUUUUCAGAUAUGACCAAUACAAAUGGAGUGGAAAACAAAAUAGGAUUGGCAAACCAGGGGUCCCUGCACACAACAGGAGAAGAGCGCUGCUGAAUCAGAGCAAAGACCUGCUUAGCCCAGCAUUCGGUUUACACAACGGCCAGCCAGCUGAGCAUGGGACACUCACAGGCGGGAUCGGGGCGCAUCAGGCCCCUCCUGCUCUUGCUCCUCAGCAACUGGUGUGCAUAAGCACACGGCCUCUCUCAGUGGAGGCAGCAUGCAGGUAUCAGGAUUAGUAGCCAUUGACAGCCUUAAAGUCCAAUAGGCCACAGUUCAGAGCACUGAUAGUUUAGGAAGCAAUACGUAUGACAUCCAACGGGGAAAUGUUAUGUCUUUUACGAAACGUAGGUGCAAUCAGUAAUACAACAUUUUUUGCCAUUAAAAUGAAGGCUCACAGCUGCAGCUCUAAUCAUCAUGGCAUUGGAAUAACUCCCGCUCAACAGUGUGGGGCUUGCUCUGAAGCAGGCUGUGAGAUGGGUGCAGGUUUGCAGCACAGAAUUGCACGACGCUGCAAGAUCGUUGCACAGUGGACGCUUGCAGUUUCCUGUACGUAUUUUGAAAUGUCAUUGCACCUUGCAUUUUACAAAGUAAUAAAUGUAUUUCUAACGAAGUCUGCUGUAUUUUGGUGAAUGCUCAUGUUUUAACAUUCACUUUUAAUAAAUGUUAGCAUUUAAGGUGUUA